UCCAAAUACAGACAUAUCAUUGAUUAACCAAGGCAAAAAAAAGUACUUUUCAUAAUCAUUACAAUUCCUAUAUACGAAGGAAUAGGAACUAGCCACUAAAAAUAAAAGAAAAGAAUUACAUCACAUAGAAAAUGUUCUCUGGAUUUGGAUCAGGGGCAUUUGGUGGAUCAUUUGGAGUCCCCAUGUCCUCCAACUUUGAAGAUUAUUUCCGUUGUUAUCCGAUUGCUAUGAUGCCCGAUAACAUUAGGAAGGAUGAUGCCAACUUUGGUGGGAAGAUAUUCUUACCACCAUCGGCUCUUAAUAAGCUUACAAUGCUUCAUAUUCGAUAUCCCAUGCUUUUCGUGUUGGUUAACGAAAGUAACCAGAAACAAUCUCACAGUGGUGUUUUAGAGUUUGUGGCAGAAGAAGGUAGAGCAUAUCUCCCACAAUGGAUGAUGGCAACAUUAGAAUUAUCUGUUGGGCUGCUUUUAAAGAUCUCGUCAUGUGAUAUUCCCUUGGGUAAUUUUGUUAAAAUUGAACCACAAUCGGUUGAUUUCUUGGAUAUAUCUGAUCCAAAGGCAGUAUUAGAAAAUGUUUUGAGAAAGUUUUCCACUUUGACUGUAAAUGAUAUCAUUGAAGUGAAUUACAAUGAUUCUAUUUAUGGAAUUAAAGUUCUUGAAGUUAAACCAGAAUCUAAAAAUCAUGGGAUUUGUGUGGUGGAAACAGAUUUGGAAACAGACUUUGCACCACCAGUGGGAUACGUUGAACCUGAGUACAAACCCAAGGCAGUUUCAGCACCCACUACGACAUCUAUAAACCCAUCUAGUGUCAACAGAGGUGCCGGUUCAGGAAGCAUGGCAAGAUCCAUUGAUUAUGCCAAUUUGGUUGCAGAAAGUGGUAAAGUUGAUACUUUUAAAGGUACUGGUGUUAAAUUGAGUAAUAAAAAAGUUGAAGAAAAGGAAAAAAUUCAAUAUUCAAUUGAUGAUUUAGCAGUUGAUGCUGAUCCAGUUCCAUUAAUUUUACCAUCAAAUCAACUUUUUUUCGGAUUCCCAGUCAUAUUACCAACACCAGAAGAAACUGAAGAAGAGGAUUCUAAAAAUAAAGAAAAAUUGAAUGCAUUCAGUGGGAGUGGUCAAUCUCUUAGACAGAGUAAAAAGAGAAAGGAUAAAAGUACUGUCCAUACCCCACUUAAAAAUCAUUCAAGAAGUCCUGAUGAUUACAUUGAAAUAGAUUAAAUACAUAGUUCAUUGGGGUUUUUAUUCUUAAUACACGUAAAUUCUUAAAAUACAUAUGUGAAAAUGUAUAUAUAUCUCUAUACAUACAUAUUAGUUAUUCUUUCU